GUGGCUGAUUCAUUCAGGAUUUAUCUCGUACUGUAACGCUGCUAAUUCUCUUUAGUGUUUGCCAAUGUCGGAGGUGUAACUGGGGUCUGGCCCUGGACAAAGGAAUAGAGCAUGGCUCAAGUGAAAGUACAGACCUCAGCACCCCUGGCUGGUCCUGGCCUCUCCCCCGGAGUUCCCCCGACGGCCAUGGCCAGCCCAGGACCCCUGGGUCUGCAGCCCUCCGUCAACGGCACAGGCCCGGCCCCCACACCCGCCUGCCCUGCUCCUGCAGUCGGAUAUGGGGACGACCCUGUGUCUUCCACAUCGCCAGGCCCGCCCCAGGAGAACAUGGCAAACCCUAAAGAGAAAACUCCAAUGUGUUUGGUGAAUGAGUUAGCCCGUUUCAAUAGGAUCCAACCUCAGUACAAGCUCCUCAACGAGAGAGGCCCUGCACACGCUAAGAUCUUCACAGUGCAGCUGACUCUUGGGGAGCAGGUGUGGGAGGCAGAGGGCACCAGCAUUAAAAAGGCCCAGCACUCCACAGCCGCCAAAGCUCUGGACGAGAGCGUUCUUCCCAGGCCAGCGCCCCGCUCCCCUAAAGUGGACAUCAACAGUAACCCAGGCAGUAUAACACCCACAGUGGAGCUGAAUGGUCUGGCUAUGAAGCGAGGCGAGCCAGCUAUCUAUAGGCCUCUGGAUCCUAAGCCCAUGCCCAACUACAGAGCUAAUUACAACUUCAGAGGGAUGUUCAACCAAAGGUACCAUUAUCCUGUUCCUAAGAUCUUCUAUGUGCAGCUGUCUGUGGGGAGUCAUGAGUUUAUAGGCGAUGGGCGCACCCGCCAAGCAGCCAGACACAACGCAGCCAUGAAGGCCCUGCAAGCCCUGCGCAACGAACCCAUCCCAGAACGCCCCCCACAGAGCCCAGAGGAAAAGGAGGAGAGCGAGGACGGCACUGAUGCCAGCAAAUCAGAGAUAAGCCUGGUGUACGAAAUCGCCCUAAAGAGGAAUUUAUCAGUCAACUUUGAGGUGUUAAAGGAGAGCGGCCCCCCGCACAUGAAAAGCUUCCUGACUCGUGUAUCUGUGGGGGAGUUCUCUGCGGAAGGCGAGGGCAACAGCAAGAAGCUGUCCAAGAAGCGUGCCGCUCUGUCCAUCCUGCAGGACCUAAAGAAGCUGCCCUUCAUCCCUGCUGUUGAGAAACCCAAAACGCACUAUAAGAAACGAACCAAGACCAUCCUCAAGACUGGACCAGAUUAUGGUCAAGGUAUGAACCCGAUCAGCCGUCUUGCUCAGAUCCAGCAGGCCAAAAAGGAGAAGGAGCCGGAGUACCUGCUGCUUUCUGAAAGAGGGAUGCCCCGACGCCGGGAGUUCAUCAUGCAGGUGAAGGUGAAUAACGAAGUCGCAACGGGAACAGGACCCAACAAGAAGGUGGCAAAGCGGAACGCAGCCGAGGCGAUGCUCCUGCAGCUGGGAUACAAGGCCUCCACAAUCCCCCAGUCCCCCACCGAGAUAGACAACAAAGGCUGGAACGGACAAAAGGCGUCAUUUACCGAAGCGACGAGUAACACCCAAAAGGGUCUGCUCCACCUCAGCCCUGACGUCUACCAGGAGAUGGAGGCCAGCAGAAAGCAGGGGGGCACCGCUCUGGGCCCCGGGGGCGGCAACAACAACAACAACGGAGGAUCAGUCAACUAUAUAACAUCCAAAGACAUCGGGCCAUGCUCUGCCCCGCUGCCCCCAGGACAUCCUCCAUACUAUGGCGGCUCAGCCUCCUCACCCAGUCAGACGGCCACCAUGGCGAGGGAGCUGCUGCUCAACGGUCAGUCACCCACGGCUGACGCCUCCCUGUCCAUGAAGGGGAAGAACCCGAGCUUGGCCUGCAGCGUCUCAGUGCAGCCUGCACAGCAGCUGGACUACCUGGCUCACAUCCAGGGCUUCCAGGUGCAGUACAGCGAUGUACAGAGCGGCAAGGAUUACGUGACCUACCUGACCCUCUCCCCUGUGCAAAUGACUUUCCACGGCACCGGGAGCACCCUCCAAGCCAGCCAUGACCAGGCUGCUCUAAGUGCCUUGAAACAGCUGUCGGAGCAGGGACUGGACCCCGUGGACGGCCCCAUCAAGACCAGUGAACCAUGUGGGAGGGAGGACGGACAUUAAACAGACUAACUCAGGCACCACCACUCAGGUCUGCAAGGAUUCAAAGGCUGUCGUCUAGGAGCUGACAACCCUUAUACCCCCUCCUUUUCGGCAUACACGAACCUGACAACUACCCCCCUGAAACCCUUCACCCUGAUCUCUUAUAACCUACAACCCCACUACCCACAAUUCCCACACUCUCCCUCCCUCCCCACCCCACCCCACCCCACGAUUGCCACUGUAUCCUGCAAAACCUGUCAACAUGCAAUAGGGUGGAUGUGCACCGAGAAAUGACCGACUAAACCACCAUUACCUGAGUCUAUGUGAAGACAACGCUAUCUUAACACGUUUAUUGAUGAUUUCAGACAAAAUUUAGAGGUCACAGAAUAAACAAACAAACGAGAAUAAUGCAUGGUACUGUAUGAAAUCAAGGGAAAUCCAAAGUGAUGACACUGCAUAGACAACUUUCCCUUUGGAUCAAUGUCUGUUGGUAUGGUUAAAAACAAAUAUGUACAUCAUGCCAUUGAAAUACAAAAGAAACAUUUUAGGGGAGAAACCAACUUGCGUACAGUAGCUUAUUUUCGGGGGUAUUCUGUUUCUGUUUUUUUUUUUUUCUUUUGUUAUUUUAUUAAUCUAACAAUGCUUGAGUACUGUAUUUAAAAUUAACCAAUGCCAGUGCUGUGAAAGUUGUAGUUGUUGUCUUCAUAUAUAGUCACCCAGCUUACCUUGUAUGCUGACAUUUAAAAAAAAAAAAAAAAGAGUUCAUCUAUCUAUAUGGAUGUGUAUGACUUGCAAGAGUAUCAUAUACCGAAAAAUAACACAGAAAAAACAUAUUUUUCAUGUGGACAAAAAGGACAAAACUGGUGUUAGCAGUAAUCAGUAGAAGUGUUGACCAACCCAGGAGGGAAGGUUGGACGAGCCUUUUACUCCAUGAAGGGUCUAACUUUCCCCGUUUAACAUGACCCCGCACUGGCAUAGCAUCACUGGAGGAUAAACCUGACCCAAAAGUGGAGGCAAAGAGGCCACCAUAGUUCUUCUUUUUAUCUAGAAAAAGAUGCAACCAAUGCCAGUCAAAAUACAGUCCUAACUCCAGACGGUUUCAUUUGGGGGUGCGUGCCUGCAUGUCCAGUAAAUUCAAAAAUAAUCCUCUUCAUUCCAGUGAUUUUGUGUCAGUGUAUCGUCCCCUCCUCUCCCCCUCACAGUUUUGUCGAUCACAUCUACACCCAUUGUGUGUGUUGUAUUGACCCGCCAAGGCAUCGACUGGGUGCUUUUAAUGCCUGCAUUGAAGGAGUGCGUCUUUGAAAUGAAGAGAGUUGGCUGCGUGAUCUGCAGACUCCCUCCCUCCAAAGGCCGCUUCACUUUGACUCACUUUGAUCACUGACAUUGAGGACGGGUCUUCUUCUUCGCUGUGAGUGCAAUGUGUAAUAAGGCUGUGUCUGUUACUGAAAUGCAGUAAAAACACCUCAGUUCAUGUGGAAAAAAAAAAAA